UUGUGCUCGCCGGAGCCCUUCCCCACUGGCCUGCCCUGUCUGCAGAGACCCUUCUUCUUGGCCGGCAGGCUCUGGGGGCUGGACGCUGACCGUUCCUGCACUCCUGCUCCCCCGCCUCCCCCAGAACUUAAUUCUACCCAGCCUCUGCCAAGCUGCUGGUGAUCUGUAAAUCGAGAAAGCAAAGGAGAUUUUUAAAAUAAUAAUAAUGGUAGCCAGCCCUUACCUAGUGCUUCGUAUGUGCCUGCUAUUGUGCUAAGCCCUUUCCAUGUAUUAUCUCAUUUAAUCCUGAGUGGGACUUCGUGUCUCCAUUUAACAGAUGGAGAAAGAGAGGCACGCAGCCCAGAAAUGACCUGGCCAGGGUUCUUCUCCCACUUGCUCUGCUGGGCUCCCCUACCUCCGAAUCUUGUCCUCCUGCACCCCUCACCCCACACCUCAUUCCCGGCUCUGCUGCUCUGCUGUCGGACCUGUCUCUGGGGGUCCUAACUUCCCAAUUCACCUGAGAACUCCGGGGGGACAGUGCCUGGGGCUUCCUUCCCUUCCAAACUUUGCACAGGACAGGACGCACAGUAGGAGCUUCAUAUAUGCCUGCUGGCUGGAUGAAGUGGGCCUGUUCUAGGGUUGGGGUGUCUGAGCAAUGUCACAUGAGUGACUCAUCUGCACGGUGGUUUUAUUCAGCCCACAAGAAAGGAAGAGGCUCCAGGUAUACAGGGCUGGGCAGGGCCUCGCCCAGCCAGAGAGGGCUGUGCUCACCUGGACGGCACACUCCGGCUGCCAGCUCCUCCACGACCAUGGAGACCCUGAAGACCCUUCUCGUGCUCAGCGCCCUGUUCUUCUUGCCCGCUGAAGCCCAGGGACGUCGCCUGAAGCCGUGGCUGAUAGGCCUGGCUGCCGUCGUGGGGUUCCUGUUCAUCGUCUUCGUCCUCUUGCUGGUCAACCAUGUCUGGUGCUCCAAAAGGAGAGAUGUGGAGGAGGAGGCCAUGUUUGGAAUGGAGCGCCGUGCGGUCCAGGACACAGGCCUGAGGUACUGCCUAAGAGAAAGCAAGAAAGAGAAGACAGAGGAGGAGAAAGAGAAGAAAAGAGCCAUGAAAGAAGGAGAGAGCAACGUGGGGCUGGAACUGGAAGAGAAAGAGGAGCCCGGAGACCAGGAGAAAGCCAAGGGCACGUGCAUGUGAAGACUGUCUGCUCACCUCCUCCAGGCAGACCCCCAGAGAUGCCCCUUCCACACUGUAUGACCAAUGACCUGGGCCUGAAACCACCGAAAUAACUCCAUGUGGCUUGUAAACAUAGCGCCCGAACAAAGAGGCCCGGACCUGCCUUCCCCUCCAGGAGGGCUCUUUGCAUCUUACGUGGUCUCUAUGUACCCCUCCCGACUGGCCCUGCUUGGUGAUUCUUCCUGCACUUGGUUAUGAAGACACCCCCAAGCCCCCACAAUCUCAAGGCUCCCCCUGCUUCUACCCAGCGUCUGGUUCUUUCCCCUCUGCCUGGUAUCUCUUGGUCAGAAUCUCUCUCAGAACCAUUAUGGGCCAUGGGCUGUCUCUUGGGGACCUGCAUUAAAAAACCGAUCAGAGCCCUUCAGAAGGGCUCCUGUCGUGUCCUGGGACUGUUUUCUCUGGGAGAGUCAGCUUUCGGUUUGGGGGCGACGCCCGGGUACCUAGGGAAGCUUGGGCGCACAGGUGCCCGGACGGUCAGCGCUUCGCCUGCAGUCUGCAUCUGGCUGCCCGAGGCCUGGACUUUGAGCCCCCAGGGGUGUCUCUCGGGCAGUGCUCGUUUCCUCCUCCCCCGUGUUUUGGGUCACAUAACUUUGUAACUCAGUUUCUGAGAACUGGGUCUUGGAGGGGGCCCAGGACCCUGUCUUUUCUAGGGAUGGAACAGCGUUUUCUCCUCGUAGUUUCCAGUCUUCCCUUCUCACUUUCUCUGGGCCCUGGACCAGCCUGGGAUGUUAACUAUUUCUUCAUGGUUAGAUAAUCCUAAUGAGGACUUUGACAAAGUAUGGCAUUUGGAUCUUUGUUUUGGGGCCUGUACCCUGGGGGUGGUAGGACCACCCAAAAGGUUUCUAAGAAAACUUCCAGACUGCCCGCCAGGUGGGCAGGAAAACUGUAAAUGAAGGAACGAAAUAAACGCCCUAAUAGGUGCUCCUACUGAA